AUGUCUGUGCACGACAAGCUUAACAGCAAGUUUCCAGACACGGUUUUUAGCCCUCUUUGUCACCCAGAUGAGCACCCAGCAUUCAACUACAAGGGGUUUCAUCCUGGGAACGUUCAACAACUUCCUAUACAUGCCGUGAACCAAUUCCCGCUGGAACGAUUGUUCCGCUACUCAUCCCUAUCUGGCCUGUGGGAAUUGUAUUUGAAGCCGGAGAGGGUAUAA